GAAGGGGUCAGGUUAUCGAACGAAUUAGCGUUACAGCAUCCCAAUCUUGCCUUUUUAGAGCAGACGUUGAGAAGAAAAUUUACUCUGGAUUCCUCAGAAGUUAGUAAAAGUGAACAACCUAUAUCUGGAGACGAGGAUUCAAAUAUUCUUAAUAAAACUUUUAUUGAAAAUAAAGAUAGUGCGGUUCAGACAGACGCUAUUAUAAAAUCGGAUACAGUUGGUUCAUUUGAAACAUUGAAUAUGGCUGAUAAAAAGCGACCUUUCUUAGCUCCACGGAUAUAUGGAGGAAAGAAAUCGGAGGAUGUUAUAGAUUUUUUUAUUCAUUUUGAAAGAGUUUCAAAUGCAAAUUUGUGGGAUGAAAAGGAUAAAUUACUAUAUCUACCAUUUUACUUAGAAGGCAGUCCUUUGAAAUAUUUAGAUAUGAUCCAACUCUCGUUGACGGAAGCGAAUAGAUGGGAUUACAAAAAUGUUCGAUCUGAGCUCGAAAAGUAUUAUCAGCCUAUUCACAUGGAUAGGUAUGAAAUGGAGUUGACAAACAUAAGAAUGAAACCGUGUGAAGCAGCUAGGGAAUAUAUGGCCCAAGUUUUAGGAUUGUGCUCAAAGGUUGACCCGCAUAUGUCGGAAGGUAGGAAAAUAAAAUAUGUAUUGAAAGGAUUGUUACCUCAUAUUCAGGAUAGGGUAAUAAUGCUGCCUAACGAGUCCAUCGAUGAGUUAGAAAGAAAUUUACAGCGUUUUGAAUUUUCUCAAUACAUAGUGGAAGAUAGAGUAGGUCUAGGCAAAGCUUCAAUAGUUCAACGGGAUUCAUAUGAUCAUCACAUUAUGCAGAUAAGUAGAAAUGUGGAUAAACUUAUUGCGGAAAAAGAAUUAGCGGGGAGAAGAUUCAAUGACAGCAAUACGAGUGGCAACGAAAAUAAUAGGUCUUAUGGGAACAAAUUCAACAAUGGUAUUGAGAAGGGUCAAAGGUUUAAUAGAAAUAGGUAUGAAGGAAAUAGGUUUGAAGGGAAUAGGGUUGAAGGAAAUAGGUAUGAAGGAAAUAGGUUUGAAGGAAAUAGGUUCGAAGGAAAUAGAUUUGAAGGGAAUAGGUUUGAUCGAAGAAAUAGGAAUGAUAGAGAGGGAGAUAUUCAUCACAAAGAAAAUAUAAAGUUUCAAAAAAGAUGGUGUGCGAUAUGUGAGACCACUACGCAUACGACAGCUGAAUGCAGGUUUAAUUUGAGAAACAAAUAAAUGGAAGAUGAAUU